CCCACCUCUCCCAGCCAUGCCGGGCCCGGCCGCCGACCGGGGGCAGGUCCCCUUCCGCGGCGCCAAGGAGGAGAUCGGGGCGAGGGGCGAGGGCCCGGGGCACGGCGGCGGCCCGCGGCGCGGCGUCGUCUGGAGGAACGUGGCCCUGAUGAGCCUGCUCCACUUGGCGGCCCUGUACUCCCUGGCGCUGAUCCCCGCCGCCCAGCCGCUCACUCUGCUCUGGGCCUACUUCUGCUUCCUCCUGACUGCUCUGGGCAUCACAGCUGGUGCCCAUCGCCUGUGGAGCCACAGAUCUUACAAGGCCAAGCUGCCUCUGAGGAUAUUCCUGGCUGCUGCCAACUCCAUGGCUUUCCAGAAUGACAUUUUCGAGUGGGCCAGGGACCACCGAGUCCACCACAAGUACUCAGAGACUGACGCUGACCCUCACAAUGCCCGCCGGGGCUUCUUCUUCUCCCAUAUCGGGUGGCUGUUUGUUCGCAAACAUCGAGAUGUCAUCGAGAAGGGGAGAAAGCUUGACGUCACUGACCUGCUGGCUGAUCCUGUGGUCCGAUUCCAGAGAAAGUACUAUAAGAUCACCGUGGUGCUCAUGUGCUUUGUGAUCCCCACGCUGGUGCCCUGGUGCGUCUGGGGAGAGAGUCUGUGGAAUUCCUACUUCUUGGCUUCCAUCCUCCGCUAUACCAUCUCACUCAACAUCACCUGGCUGGUCAACAGCGCUGCCCACAUGUAUGGAAACCGGCCCUAUGACAAGCACAUCAGCCCUCGGCAGAACCCACUUGUCACUCUGGGUGCCAUUGGUGAAGGCUUCCACAAUUACCACCACACCUUUCCUUUUGACUACUCUGCGAGUGAAUUUGGCUUAAAUUUCAACCCAACCACUUGGUUCAUUGACCUCAUGUGCUGGCUGGGGCUAGCCACCGACCGCAAACGGGCAACCAAGCCAAUGAUCGAGGCCCGGAAAGCCAGGACUGGAGAUGGCAGCACUUGAACCUGGAAUCACCAUCCAACUGUCUGCCAUCGACAUCUCAGUUCAUGGCUUUAGUUACUAUUGUUCUCUUGUUCAUUGGAUGUGGGAGGGGGUAGAGAGUAGAGAGGGAAUAGAAUCUAUGUGCUUUGGGAACUUUUUGUUUGUCUCAAAAUAAUUGUCAACUAUCAAUGAAAAAAAAAUUUAACGUCAAUGUAACUAUGAUUUAACAUUAGAGUGUGAACACACAAUUUAGUCGCCGUAGUUUUAGUAUGUCAAACACACAUGGUCAUGUGCUUGUACAUGAUGUUGACCCUGACAGGAUGAAGGAGCCUAAUAUUCUCUCGGUGUCAUUCAGAAGAGCAUUUGUUUUCUUUUCUACCAGUUAACCCAGUGCUGUUUUUCAACCCAUUAUCUGAAGGAGCUGAGAGGCAGGGUAGAAGACAAAAGAGAGGGUCAGAGUAACUAAAGAAUGUUUCUGUUUUGUAAUUACUAUGUGUGUGUUUGCUUUUGUUUUUUUAAAUAAGAGAAUUCAUCAUUUAAAAAAAUGACAGUACAGGAAAUGAGUCUCUUAUUCUUUCUGCCCUGUUUACAGCUUUUUAAUCCUCCACUGUCUUUGCUUCAGAAGAGAUCUGUCCACUGCCCAGCUUGUUUUGUGUCCCGAUUAUGCCAGCCAACCCUAUAAAUCAGUGCUUAUAUGGGUGUUUGAUUUUAUUCUCUUUGCUGUUGUCAUUUUAAAGGUGUAUAACUCAGAUGUGCCAGACAUAAAAUUAAGCUCAAAUUAAGCUCUCAUUUAAAUGUUUAGACACCUAAUUUAUAUUCUCAUUGAUCCCAGCCACUGAUGCAUGUACUUUAGCUACUCCUACUAAAUAAGCAUAUUAAUUUUCCACACCAGGCCAUCAGAUCUUAAUAACCGACAGUUAUCUAGAACUCAGUGUCUCCUAAUAUUUUCCCUGCAUGCAGCCUUCAUUGAUUUUGCAGCAAAAUAUACAGUGAUCAUUAUGUCGCUUCUGGAUUAAAAAUAUUUUCGUGUGUUAAGUUGCCUUGUAAAGAGCAUGUUGAAUAAAUGGGGCAGCAUGGCCUCUGUGGUGGUUGUUAAAGCAAAAGAAAGAUGUUGGAGCACUUUGAAGAUAGAUCUUUUCAGGAAAACUGUAGUAAUUUAAGUUUUUUGAGAAAGAAGUGAUACCAAUAGGAAAUUGUCAUAAUGAAGUUCUUCAUCCAGCAGGUGUUUAACAGUGUUAUUCUGCCAUUUUGCCAUUAAUAAUGUAUAACCAUCUAUGAGUGAUUUACAAUAAAUGAUUAUGAAUUUG